CAUAAUUUUAAUAGAUGGUGAAAUUUAAGUAAUUUUUAACAUAAUUUAAGGAUAUAAAUUAACGGAGAAUUUGGAUUUUAUCAUCAUUCAAUUGAAAACUUUACACUAAUAAAGUGAAAAAUAAUUAAAUAGGAUCUAAAAAUGGAAUUUGCUCUCAUAAUUGCUUUAUCACUGUUGUUCAUUACUCAAACCAGAGGACAAGACCCAAAAUAUUGCGAUCCUUCGCUUUGUAUGAUUGUCCGAAGAAAACACAUUGGUUGUCCCGGAGUUGCUGUCAAUCAAUGCGGCUCGGAUGGAUUCACUGAAAUCCCGAUGAAUUCAACAUUAAAAGAAAAAAUUCUCUACAAACACAAUUUCUAUCGAAACCAAUUAGCGGGAGGAAAUUUGACGGGUUUAACUGCCUUGUUACCCGCAACACGGAUGCCAACUUACGAAUGGGACGACGAACUUUCAUAUCUCGCCCAAAUAAACGCCAAUCAAUGCAAAUUCGGGCAUGAUGAGUGUCGCAGUACGAAAAAUUUCCCAUUUGCCGGUCAAAAUAUCGCUUGGAGUCGAAAUGCAAGAAGUCAUGAGGCCGCAAUUGAACGCGCCAUUGAUUCUUGGUGGCAGGAAUUUAAUGUGACUUCUCAAUCGGACAUCGAUGCGUUUCAGCCAGGACAACACAUCAUCGGACAUUUUACUGCAAUGGCACAAGAUCGGUCGAAUCGUGUUGGAUGUGCGGCAUCGUUCUACAACAAAGCCGAACGUUACGUCGUUUGCAAUUAUGGUUAUAGUAAUUUUCAAGGAGAGAAAGUUUACGAGUCUGGCACAACAGCAUCUGGCUGUACAACCGGCACAAAUCCGACUUUUCCCAAUUUGUGCAGCACACAAGAAGUGGUCCAUCCAUGGUAAAAGACGCAAAAAAGGUGCAAAUUAAUAUUUGAAUA